GUUAGGUUAGAUUCCUCUUCAACCUUGGUUAAUCCCGAACUGGUUCGGACUUCGGCACGAGAUCUGUUCCACGAUUAGGGUUACGAAGGUUGGAUUUUCGUCAUCUUCUACAGUUAAUUCUCUCAGAUUUCUUAGUUUUCUUUUCCUCUUAAGAUUGAUAUUCGGAUUGAAGCUCUGCUUUGUGGAGAUCUUCGAUUUCUCUGAGAAUUUUGUGACUCGAGAAGAAGGGAAAAUUGGGGAAAGAGCAGGUAAAAUGGAGACUCAAAGGAUUAUUGAAUUCCCGCACAAAAAUAUGGAUAAACGCCCAAGGAAAAGGCAGAGAUUAACAUGGGAUAUGCCUCCUCCCGUUCCUCCUCCUAAGGUUCUUCCAGCACCAUACUGCGGGCAGGAAUUUGGGAAUGGGCAAGUUCCCAAUUAUGCAUAUCCAUCUAUGUAUUGCAGGGGGGCACCACGGGUUGGAUCUCCUCCAUGGAGGCCUGAUGAUAAAGAUGGACACUACGUAUUCUCCAUUGGAGAAUGUUUAACCCCUCGCUAUAGAAUUUUAAGCAAAAUGGGUGAAGGAACAUUUGGGCAAGUUUUGGAAUGCUUGGACAGUGAGAAAAAAGAGGUUGUAGCAAUUAAAAUUGUUCGCUCUAUAAGUAAAUAUCGUGAAGCUGCCAUGAUCGAAAUUGAUGUCUUACAAAGGCUGGCCAGGCAUGAUAUUGGAGGCACCCGUUGUGUGCAAAUUCGGAAUUGGUUUGACUAUCGUAAUCAUAUAUGUAUUGUAUUUGAGAAGCUUGGACCAAGCUUAUACGAUUUUCUUCGCAAAAACAGCUACCGUUCAUUUCCCAUUGAUCUUGUUCGGGAGUUUGCCAGACAACUUCUGGAGUCUGUAGCAUUUAUGCACGAGCUACGGCUGAUUCACACUGAUUUGAAGCCAGAGAAUAUUCUUCUUGUUUCCUCGGAGUUCAUUAGAGUGCCUGACCAUAAGUUUUUGUCACGUUCGGCAAAAGAUGGCUCCUAUUUCAAGAAUCUUCCAAAGUCGGCUGCCAUUAAGCUCAUUGAUUUUGGAAGUACCACCUCUGAACAUCAAGACCACAGCUAUAUUGUUUCAACACGUCAUUAUCGGGCACCUGAAGUGAUCCUGGGUCUAGGUUGGAAUUAUCCUUGCGACCUAUGGAGUGUGGGAUGCAUACUUGUUGAACUUUGUUCUGGUGAGGCUCUUUUCCAAACACACGAGAACUUAGAGCAUCUUGCCAUGAUGGAGAAGGUUUUGGGUCCAUUGCCUCAACAUAUGAUUCUGCGGGCAGAUCGCCGUGCUGAGAAAUACUUCAGGCGGGGUGUGCAGCUCGAUUGGCCCCAAGGUGCAACAUCUAGAGAAAGCAUGAGAGCAGUCUGGAAGUUACUGAGGCUGCCCAACCUGAUAAUGCAGCACGUUGAUCACUCGGCUGGUGAUUUAAUCGAUCUCCUGCAAGGCCUCUUACGCUACGAUCCAGCAGAGAGGCUCAAGGCAAGGGAAGCUCUAAGACAUCCUUUCUUCACUAGAGACCUAAGAAGUUCAUUAUUUCCAGGUGCUUGGGCAAAGGUUUAACCAUUGGAAUGUAGAUGCCAAACUAAAGGCUGCUGUGGAAUGGAAACCGGAGCGGUGAAGCUUCUCUCUGCCAUUUUUUGGUAACAACAGAAACACGAACAGGAAGAUGGAGGUAACAGAAAUGAGUAAAAUACAAAGGAAAAAAACUUCUUGGAGAAGGGAGUGGGAAAGAAAUUUUUUUGUAGCAAGUUUUUGACCAUCAGAAUGAUAAAGAGAGAUUUGGAAUCAAUACAGUGGUGUUUUAACGGUAAAA